GAACCACCUCUGGCCAUGUGAAACAUGCCACUUUUUCAUUUUUAUGGUACUAUUUUCCGAAACAACACUUUUUAUAUACAUAUUUAUUAACUCCUUAGAAUGAAUUUUCCACUUUGAAAACCGAAAAAACGUCUUUGUAAUCGAAUGACAAAGUACAAAUACGUGGGUACACAUGGUGAAUGUGGUCCUUGUCCAGCGUGCAUUUGUCAUAAUUCGUUCGUGACGUAUCACCGCGACGUCUGAUUGGUCGCCGGGGUAACCACGUGAUUCUCGUCUUCAGCAAGCACUGUUCCGGGAUGUGAACGCAAUUCCGCCCCAAGAUGGUCGUCGGCGCCUUCCCAAUCGCCAAGCUCCUCUACCUCGGAGUGAAGCAGAUGAGCAAGCCCGUCGCCAACAGAAUAAAAGCUGGGGCCCGGAGGAGCGAGUUUUUCAAGAAUUACAUCUGUUUGCCGCCUGCCCAGCUGUAUCACUGGAUCGAGAUGAGAACCAAAAUGCGGAUCAUGGGCUUCCGAGGGGCCAGCAUUAAACCGCUGAACGAGGAUGCUGCGGCGGAGCUGGGCGCCGAGCUGCUGGGCGAGACGGUCAUUUUCCUUGUGGGCGGGGGUUGCAUGGUGCUGGAGUAUACCAGGCAGGCGGCUAAUGCGCGUCGCAAGGAGGACGAGCUCAACCAGACGCUCAUCAGCCUACAGACUCAAGUAGCCGAACUCACGUUCACUACAGAGACGCUAAGCGCUCAGCUGAGAGAGGUGAACAGGCAGCUGGUCUCCUUUCCCACACCAACCAAAAAGUGAUUUUUUUUGUAAAUAUGGCAUGGGAAAGGACAUAUGAACACAUGACUCCCACAUGUAAAGCCCAAAGCUGCUACUUCAGAUAUUGCCACAACUCAAGGAGGAUCAAGUGGACAUAACAUCAGGGAGCUGUGAAGUGUCAUGAGCUGGUGUUUGGAGCAAUUAUAUGUGCAAAAAAAAAAAAAAAAAAAAGAGAGAGAAAAGGGGAUUACUAUGACAUUCAUAGUCUGUUUUCUGUGGUGGAUCGUUGAAAUGCUCAUUACAAAGUCAAAUGACUGUGUACAGAAAUUGCAUCAACAUUCAUAAGUUAAUAUAUCUGAUAACAGUGAUGUUUUUUUUUUUAUUUAAUGACUGGGAGAGGUGUUAAUGAUUAACAUCGCUCUAAAGAAAAAUGAUCAGUCAAAAUCACUGUGAAUCACUUUGCUGGUUUAUGUGGAGGGGGAUGAAUGAUGGGUGUAAAAUAAAGAUGAGAGGAAUUAAUAGUGAGUUUGUUCAGUUCCUGUGGAGAAGGGAAAAUAUUUUUUUUGCCUCAUUGGUACAUGUCGUCGCGCCAGGGAUGGCACAUUAGUAUAUAGCGAUCUGUUUUUUUUUUUUUUUUGUGGGGGGGGGGGGUGUCAGAAAUCCAUGAUGCACUGAAUCCACAAUAGAUGAGCCGCAAAGUUGUGAGGGAUUGCUGUACUGCAUACUAUGAAUAACCUUGUGGCUUGUCACUGAAACGUACACUGUAUCCGUAUCAUGGUGCUCAAAAAUAUUGGCACUGCUGGGGUGCCAACAUUUCUCGUCAUCAAAUAGAAGAGAAUUGAUUUUUUUCGGUCUUUAUAUGCUGCUGGUAAAGAUAGAUCAAUAAAGAUAUAUUAUUGUAAAUACA